CCCCGAGGGGCCUUCCUCUCGGUUCGUCCCAGAUUCGUGUUGAAAUGGGCGUUCCCUUUUCGUCGCACGCCCCCAUUUGUGACAGCUUCACCUUUCAGAGCGAGCGGCCUCCCUCUGGGGCCCAGAUUCGUGAGCGGCCUCCCCCUCUGCGGCUCAGAUUUGCCCAGGUUCAUGGCUGGCCAGGCUCUCUGCCCUUAUUGACUUUCCGGGUUCAUUUCCGAUAUAAAUUCCACUCCUCCUCGAAUGUUGUACUUCUCUUCAUCCUUCACUGGAUUUCUAUCUGUUUGGUUAUAGAAGUAUCUUGUUCUUGUUAGUUCAGGAGGUGAUGCCCAAUCUUACCACAAUGUCGAGAAGAGAUCAUCCCUGUCACUGGGAGGCAUGUCACGUAAUUUUCGCAUGCGAGGUGGCAGAGUUAGUAGCGUAUUACGCCAUAUCUUCCACUCUCACAGUCUACCUUACGACAGUCCUGCAAGAGACCGAGGCCGAGGCAGCCAGAAACUAUAUCAUCUGGGCAGGAACUACGUUUGUUACUCCCAUUAUUGGAGCAUUUGUUGCGAAUGCAUUCUUGAAUGCAUUCUUGCGAAUGCAUUCAUGGACCAUCGUCUGGUCCAUGAUAAUAUAUUUCCUGGCAUUGGUUUGUAUCACGGUCUCCAUGUCCUUCGAGCCAUUCAAACCUCCGACGUGUGAUCAUCAUCUCCUCACCACCAUGUGCGACAAGCCUAGUGUGCCCCAAAGAGUCUUCUUCUAUGGUUCAUUGUACUUGAUGGCCUUAGGAGCGGGAGGAAUCAAAGCAUGUGUGACGGCAUUCUCUGCAGACCAAUUCGACGACACUGAUCUUGGGCAGAAGCAUGAGAGGGUGUCGUUCAUGAACUGGUGGUGGUUCAGUCUGAGCGUCGAGCGUAUCAUGGGCUCGGUAGCCGUCUUCCCUUGGGUGCAGGAACAGUAUGGUUGGGUAUGGGUCGGAGCAAUUCCAGCCGGAAUCGUUGGAUUUGUAACUCUGAUUAUCGCUCAUCCUCUGUACUACACUCUGAACAUUUCUGGAUGAGUCUGGGACUCGUAAGAUUUGCUCCAGACUAAUAGUGUACACUAGUGAUAAACUCUGCCACUUCUAUCCGAGGCCGAAAACGAACCGUAAACUCGGAUAGAAUUUACGUUUUCGGCCGAUUAUGAAUUCAGAUUGAGCCGAAAUUAUUCAAUAAAUUCUUAUUUCGA